AUGGGUAUCGACGCGCUGCAUAGCCCAACAGCGGUUGCGGGCUUGAUAUUCACCGCAUUCGUCUUCGCCGCUUUCUUCGUGCGAAAUAAGCAACUCGAAUCCCAUGCCCGCAAGAAUGGAUUUGCCCCGCCAGCCAGAUAUCGCGCCCUCGAUCCGUUUAUGGGCCUGGACUAUGUCGUGAAGUUAUUCGGCGACAUCUCCGUCAUGCAGCGCAACCGCCUUCAGUACGGGAAAACGUUCAUGAUCAAACCCAUCAUCUCAGGACCAUCUAUCGUCACUGCGGAACCAGAUAACAUCCAGCGGGUCUUCAGCAGCGUAGAUGGUGAGUACAGUGUCUUCUGGCGGAGAGAUCCCUUCCAGCCAUUCACCGGUCGUGGUAUAUUGACCGAGGAUGGUGACGGUUGGCGGCUCCCGAGAAAAUUAUACAGGCCUUCUUUUGCGAAGACGAACAUUGCCAAUUUCGAUUUCUACAGUAAGAUGGUAGAUGAUUUGAUGGAAAAGAUUCCUGGCGAAGGCAAGACUGUGGAUCUGCAUCCGCUGCUGAUGGGAUCCUUCAUGAACAAUGCCCUGCAUUUUGGCCUUGGCUACGACACGAUGAACCCACAUCCAGACGCUCCGCUGUCACGCGACAUGUUUAACAGCAUUUGGGCCGACGGCAUGCAUGGCAUUGCCUUCCGCGUUUUGACCGGCCGCCUCAGCUUCCUCUUCCCAAUGACGAAGUUCAAGCAAGCAUGUACUAAGGUCCAUGAUUUCGUCGAGUUCCAUGUACAGCAAGCCGCCAAAACCACUGGUGAGAAGAACAAGAGUCAAGUCGUCGCGGAAUCCCUUCUCGCGCAAACGGAAGAUCGGACGCUGGUGCGCAAUAUGCUGGUCCAGGGUAUCAUCGGGGCUCAGGACACGACUUCUGUGCUUACGAGCAACACUAUUCAUCUGCUUGCGCGACAUCCGGCCUUGUGGAAGGAGCUUCGAGGAGAAACGUUGAAGCGCGGUGAUGACUUGUUCACGUUCGAUGCUCUGCGUAGCAACGAGGUCAUCCAGAAUAUGCUCUCUGAAUCGCUCCGCCUCCGCCCCGUCUUCCCCGCCAUCGACCGCGUCGCCAUCCGCGACACCACGCUCCCAACGGGCGGCGGCGCAGACGGCACCUCUCCCAUCUUGGUGAAAGCAGGAACGCGUGUACAGCCAUCAUUUUACGCUCUUCAUCGUGAUCCGUCCAUCUACGGACCCAACGUUGAGGAGUUUGACCCGCACCGCUGGAAGAACAUCAAGCCUUCGCAGUGGGAGUUUAUGGCGUUUGGCGGCGGUCCUCGUAACUGCAUGGGGCGGGAGAAGAGUCUUGUCGAGGCAGCGUAUCUGCUAGCGAAGCUUGCGGGCAAGUACGAGAAGUUGGAAGCUAGGGAUGACAGACCUUGGACUGGGACGAUGGCGUUUACGUGCGCGAACAAGUAUGGUUGUUUGGUUGCUUUCGAGUAG